AUGGCAGAACCAGACGAAGAAGCAUUUCCGGAUCCUACUACAAUUACUUGGAGAAGUAUAGAAUGGAUUCAAGCUCAACCCGAAGGACUUAAUUCAAAUAAUGUAUUAAAUUAUUUUGCUGAAUCAACUUUUUGGGAUCCAUUAUGCAACAAUGCUACUUUACAAAUGCAAACACGUUAUAAUGAUUUAAAAGAUUUAAAUAUUGUUUUAAAAAAAAUGAAGGGAAUUGAAUUUCAAGUUGUUCUUGAGAAACCUCCAGUUUUGUGGGUAAUCCGUAAACAGAAUAGGUUAAACGAAUGGGAAGUAAGUCCGGUAGCAACAUUCUAUGUUUGGAAUAAUAAUAUUUAUCAAGCACCAAAUUUAUAUUCUAUUAUUGGAAAUCGGGUUGUAACUUUUAAUAAAGCUUAUAAUCAAGUGGAAUUUCAUCCCGCAACUGGAUAUACGUGGAAAUCGGAAUCAUCGAAAGCUAGAAUGAUUCAACAACAACAACCUAUAGAAUUAGUAAAUUUUCGAUCAUUUAUCUUCUAUACUACCAACUUUGAAUUCAGGACUUCCUAA